AUGGCAUCAGCUGAAAAGAACUACAAGAUACAUGAUAAAGAGCUCCUUGCAGUGGUAGCCUGCCUCACCCAGUGGUGCCAUAUGUUAGCCGGACUACCCAAUCAGCUUGUCAUUCUGACAGAUCAUGAAGCCCUCAAAUGGGCAGUAUUGUUGGCAGAUUUUGAUUUUGUGCUGCAAUAUUGUCCAGGCAACAAGGCUGGAGAACCAGAUGCAUUAACUCGGAGGAGAGACAUGCAACCCAUUGGGGAGGAACAGGAACACAAUGUGCAACAGUUACUACCAUCCAGGGUGUUCGAGAAAGUUCAAGAUGAAAACGAACCACAGGACAUCCCUGAAACAGCAGGGGUUGCUUCGGUACUGAUAGCAGCCACGCCAACAAUGGAAGCUAUCACUUCUCAAGGAUUACUAGGCCUAGUCCGAACGUUCCAGCCCCUAGAUCAGGAACUUCAAGAGAUGCAAGCCCAGACACCUUUUGAAACCAGGAAUGGGCUCUGGCACAAAGACAGAUGCCUGGUCAUUCCAAAGCCUGGAUCGCAGACUAUGUGGCGAGUUGUCCUUCUCCUCCAACCAUUGUCAACACCAGAAAGGCCAUGGGGAUCCAUAUCAUUGGACUUCAUUGAAGGACUGCUGAUGUCAGGAGACUAUGACUCCAUCUUAGUCAUAGUAGACUGUCUGACCAAGUAUACAAUCAUGGUCCUGACGACAAAGACCAUAACAGCAGAACAGACAGCUGUACUUCUCAAAAUGAACCUCUUUCCACUAUUUGGCGCCCCAGACCACAUCAUCUCAGAUCGUGGACGACAAUUCAUAUCCAAGUCUUGGUCCAUGUUCAUAGACAGCCUAGGUGCAAAACACUUGCCCAAGCAGUACCUCCGGAUGUACUGCAACUAUGAGCAGGAUGAUUGGUCUAGCUUAAUUCAUAUGGCGGCAUUCAUGUACAACAACACUGUGCAUGCUAGUAUUGGCAUAUCCCCAUUUUUUGCUUGCUAUGGUUGGAAUCCCAAAUCACAUCCGGAGAUACCUGGAAAACUUGGGGUAAAUGACCCAAAGCUUGCUGAAUACUUCAUGGACAAUACUGAACGAAUUAAGUAUCUUCAAGAUCAUAUCAGACAAGCUCAGAGUCGGGCGGUCAACCAAUACAACCACAAACAGAAAGAUAUUGAAUUCAAAGUGGGCAACCUAGUGUACAUCAAUCAAAGAAACUGGAAGACAAGAUGA